CCGUGUUUUGUAUAUGUGUGCAGAACUAACUGUGGCGGUGGCUCGCGCCCACGCAAAACAAAAGGAAUUCGGCCGUAAUAUAUCAACGAGGCGUAGCUCGUAGCUAACGUCCGUCCUUCUCAAAUUUGUGACAAAAUCUAGACGUAGGUUGUUUGUUGACAUUUAUAUAUGACUAAAUUUGGUGUAAAUUAUUGUUCAAUUGCAAAUACGUAAUGCUAUCAAUGGAAGUAGCAUGAAAAGGCUUGGAUUGAAAGCAGAACUCUGUCUCAGAGCUGUAGGGCCCUUGGGGCCCCAGUAGAGGAUGCACCGUGGUGUGGACAAGGACUUCCAGACUUCAGCGCGGAGGAUGGGUACAUCUUUGCUGUUCCAGUUGUCUGUCCAUGAGCGUGAACUGGACUUGGUGUUCCUGGACCACAGCUAUGCUAAGCCAUGGAAUGCCCACCCGGACGCCAGCAGUGCCCGGCCCACGCGCAUGCUGUUCGUCACACCCCGUCGCCAACCUGAUGCCGUUCCGGAAUCAGACCUGUCAAUAGAUGUGGAAUCUGUCACGCCUACACCUAUUCCACUCUAUGACAAUCAGAAAGCACGCAGUGUUAUGAAGGAGUGUGAGCGACAUGUUUUAUUUGCUCGCACAAUUGCUGAGGGUCCCCCACCCCCUGAUGACUGGGAGGAACAUAUCAACAAGGCUGGAUGGUCGGUCAUUCAAAACAAGUUGUUUAAUAAGGUGCUGAAGGCUCUGCAAGCUGAAAGACUGGCCCGGCUGGCCAAUGAAAACGCCUCCAAUGAGCCAGUAUUGCGCAGGAUUGCUGUGGACAAGUGUGCCCGAAAGGUGCGCCAUGCACUGGCCAGUGUCAACUGGGACACCAAAUUGACCCAGUGGCUACACAGCACCCUGAUAGAAUCCCUCAGUCUGGCCAUGCUGGCCGCUUACCUAGACGUACUGCAGACACUCAAGAGCAAGUUGCCCUCGCUGAUUGACAGGAUGCUGCUGACUUCAUCUGUGAAGACUGGAGCGGCCGGUGCAGAGGCCCUCUCUCUGCUACUGAAGAGGCCCUGGGACCCAGCCGUGGGCGUUCUGUCUCACAACAAACCGAGCAAGCUUCCUGGCUCCCCACUCAUCUUAAUUGCACCAUCAGGGCCCACCAAUCCUGCUCUUUCUACCUCACGCCGAAUGAGAUUUUGGCAGUCACAGCUCUCCUGCUUGGGAAAGGUAAUCCCGGUAAAUACCCACGUAAACAGUGGAGCCAAUGUGGGCAUCACUCAGUGUCUGGAGCACAUGUUGGGCACCGUCAGGGCCAAAGUCAUGGAGGUCCACAGUCACUUCCCUCACAAACCCAUUAUCCUGGUUGGCUGGAAUGUGGGAGCGCUCAUCGCCUGUCAUGUCUCUCUCAUGGAAUACCUGACUGCUGUGGUGUGUCUUGGCUUUCCACUGCUAACCAUCAAUGGACCAAGAGGGGAUGUGGACGACCCCUUGCUGGACAUGAAGACACCAGUGCUGUUUGUGGUUGGUCAGAAUGCUCUGCAGUGUGGCACAGAGGCCAUGGAGGAGUUCCGAGAGAAACUCCGAGCCGACAACAGCAUGGUGGUGGUGGGGGGAGCCGACGACAACCUCAGAAUCAACUCCACAAAGAUGAAAUCAGAGGGACUGACACAGACCAUGGUGGAUCGCUGCAUUCAGGAUGAGAUAGCAGACUUCCUGUCGGGGGUGCUGACGCGGGCGGAGAGCCACGGCCAUGGCUCGGGAGAGCUGAGGGACCUUGACACGGAGAAGAAGAAGAAGCCUAGACGCGAGCUACCCUUUGACCUGGAAAGGGGCCGCCCCUCCUCCCCUGCCCUCAGAGUACCAAUAUCCCCCUCAGGCUCCGAGGACCUGUCCAGUGUGUGCAGUAGUCCCACCUCCAGCCCCAAGCCAAAGACGUCAGGACUGUCCCCAGCACAGAAGUCCAGUCUGAUCACUGCCACACAACUCCUCAAGACCCAUAUGCAGCGGUCUGGGACUGUGCUCACACACAAGCAGGCACAAGCCCAGUUUGCUGCUUUUAUGAAACAAAACAUGCUUGUGAGGAAAAAUCUUCCUCCUGGCACUCCCUCCUGUGUCUUUGUUCCUGUAUCCAGUGAGCAGACCGAGGGCCUGGAGAGAGACGAGCUGCGGGCCCAUCUGAAGAGGAGGCAGACUCCCAGCCCCACUCCCACCAAAGCCUCCAAGAGAGCCAAGAUUAAGGUGACCAUUCUGCAUGGAGAGACAGCAGGGGGCGCUGUCAGUUCUACAGCACAGGAAGGGGGUCCUUCUGGGAUGCCCCUAGCUGUGACUUUGGGACAGACUGUGUCUGGAGCCAAGGAACUCUCUGGACUCCUCACAUCCCAGCGGUCUGGUAGUCUGACAGAGGUGUCUAGUGCCCUGAGCUUGGGGUCCAGCUCUUUCCACAACCUGCAGAGUUGCAUGGUGUCAGGGUCCUCCUCACCAGUCCAGGCGCAAGCUCCUGCUACUGCCCAAGCACCUUCCGCCAGCAGCCUCCUCCAAGGCCUAAGUUUCAGUCUUCAGGAGAUCGUGACCAAAUCCCCUAGCCUACCCACCACCACAGCUAGCAUGGGCAGCAUUCAGGCCUCUGGUGGGAAGCCCCAGGGUCAGGUCCUUAGCUCCAUAGGUACUGGCAGCAGCACCCUGCUCCGGGCAGUGCCUGUGGUCUCCACUGGAGGGCUGUCCAAGACCACUGCCAUCCACCAGCUUCUCACCAAUGGCGGGCUGGCCAAGCUGGCGAGCAGCCUCCCUAGCCUGGCACACAUCUCCACCCAGAGUGCCGCAGGGCUCAGAGCCCCCACCAUUAUAACUGUGAUGCUGCGAGGACAGCCCAGCAGAAUGACUACGCUGGGCCAGGCUGAGAGGCCACUGAUGCUGUCCAAACCACCUGAUAUGAAGUGAUGAACCCAAAGAUCGCACGCAUCAUGCCAGAUGUGAUACUCAUCCUGGAGGAGUGACUGGACUGGCUAUGAUCCGACUCCAUAGAAAAGGAGUGUAGCCAUGUACCCCCUGCCCUUAUGUCUAUUCUCUCCCCAAUGCAACAGAUGAACACUUGGCGAAUUGUUCCUUCCCCAUGGUGUGAAUUGACUUGUGUAGUGGACCAGUCUCCACGCAGCAGGAAACGUCAUCAGCCCAACAUAUAUGUAUGGUCACACUCAUUUCAGUUAAGAGUUGAAGAUGGUAUAAAAUAUUGAAGGUAUUUUAUUUUUGUCACAAGGUCUCAGUUGACACUUUUUUUGUAAGGCAAUGGAUAAUGUAACAGCCAUAUGAUAGUUGUAUAUGUGUAGAGGGGAAAAUAUUGUAAUUGUUACCUGUUAUGUUAUUUUCUUGACCAUUGGAUCUUUAAAUUAAGCCUGUCUUUUGAGAUCAUUACAACAGUUUUUUUUCUAUAUGCUUUGUUCUGUAACUUUGAAUUAUGCUAGGUGGAAUUUUACAGCUAAUAUUGUUUCAUGUUUAAUUAAAGCCUUUUGGCCUGGCAAGAUGUUUCAAAAGCUGAA